UUCGGUGCUAUGAGAAUUUUGUCCCCAUUUCCCCACUACGCCCAUCCCCUUAUUUUAACCACCCUUAUUCAUCUCUUUCUUAUUCAUCUCUUUCUUCAACGCCAUUACUAUACCAUAUCAUCUUUCUUCCCUUUUUAUUUUCCUUUUUUUAAUUAAAUUUGCAUUUAUUUUCACCUUUAAAUGAUACUUGUCUCAUGGCUCCCUACCUCGGACUCACGUCCCUAACCUCCUCCUUCCCAAAUUCAAAUCAACCCCACACACAUUUCGCGAUGCAGAACAACAACAACAAUCAGACAUCUCCAGACGAAGACGACGAUUCGUGGGAAGUCCGAGCGUUCGAGGAGGACACGACGGGCAACCUGCUGGGCUGCACGUGGCCGCCGCGCUCCUACACGUGCACAUUCUGCCGGAGGGAGUUCCGCUCCGCCCAAGCCCUCGGCGGCCACAUGAACGUCCACCGCCGUGAUCGAGCCAGGCUGCACGAGGUUCCGCCGCCACCGCCCCUGGCCCCCUCUCAGCCGCCGCGGAUACUUAUCCAAACAGGCCACGAAUUCGGCGCUGACGGAUUGUGCCUUGUCUACCCUUUACGAAACCCUAAUUCCAUCAUUUUCCCUAAUUACUCAUCUCCUUUCCAACAUUUCGCCAACAAUACAUUUAAACCUACCGAAACGGCACCCACCAGUGUCGUUUCCUCCCUUUGCCACUCCACAAACACGGAACCAUCUGCAUCAAACAACGACAACAGCAACAAUAACAAUAUUCGAGGUCUCGAUGAAAUCACCAAAGACUCUCUGAGCAACGAAGAGCUCGACCUAGAACUUCGGCUGGGGCGGAGGCCAUGAAGGACCUGUGUUUUUACUUGUAUGCAAUUUUCCAUUUUUUACUUUUAAUUUUUUUUUUCUCAAGAUUACAUUUUAUAGAAUACCUCGAGUUUUUUUUUACGAGUGAGCACUGUUUCAUUGAAUUGAUUGAUUCAAAUUUUUUGUUUGGUAAAGUGAGGAAUGAUGAUUUGGUAAGUUUGGAGGAAGGGUUAGGGCAUGAGUAAAAAAGAGAGAUA